UCUAGGGCACACAAUCGUCCUCAACAACCAACCUGCCACGCUGGCUGGUGCGUGCCCCACUCUAGUGGUUCUUUUCCCUUUUUCCUGUUUUCUUUUUCAGAAGAAAAAAUUUCCCUUUUCUGCUGCCACUGAGAGGAAAAAGUGCAAAUCUAAAAAGGAAUAACAGCGGGUUGGAGGGGAGCGAGAGAAAACGUGAGGCGGAUUGAUAAUGGCGGCGGCGGCGGCAGUACCAGUAGUAGCAUAAGCAACAGCAAGAAACUACUCAACUUCACAGCAAGCAGAGCGUCGUUGUUCUUCGUCAAGAUAGAUAACGCCCAUUGGGCAAAGGGAAGAAAACAAUCUUCUUUGGCAAAAGGGAAUCCGCCGCGUUAUCCCGUUCCGUCCCUCCUGGGAGGGCGGCAUUUCAGAAAGGCGCCGCCUUUACUAGAUUAGGGUUCGUUCUGUUAGUUUCGGCGGGGAAGGAGGAAAAAGAUGGCUGCUCCCUACGCUAUUCCAGUCACCGCUGCUCAGGUGGGUACUUACUUUGUGGGGCAAUACUAUCAAGUGCUGCAGUCUCAACCGGCCCUUAUCCACCAGUUCUAUAGUGAUUCCAGCUCCAUGCUUCGUGUGGAUGGUGUUACCCGAGAGUCCGGCUCCACAAUGCUUGUAACUUUUCCUUUCUUUCCCUUUUAUUGGGUUGUUAAUCAUGCAACUAUUAGUAGUUCUAGACUUUUAGUGCUUUUUGGGUAAGAACUGCUUGACAUGAGAUGGGUUGAGUGCGGAAGAUAUUCAUUCACUCAUUAUGCGACUUAAUUACACCGCUAUUGAAAUCAAGACCGCGCAUGCCUUGGAGUCUUGGAGUGGUGGGGUUCUCGUGAUGGUGUCUGGUCUAUUGCAGUCGAAGAACUUUGGGGGCACUAGGAAGUUUGUGGAGACGUUUUUCUUGGCACCACAGGAGAAAGGGUAUUUUGUUCUCAAUGAUGUGUUCCACUUCAUUGAAGAGGAGCCAAUUCACCACUAUCCGGCUGUAUUAGCAGCAGCUCAUAGGAAUCUUGAUUCAAAACUCCAUAAUGCUCCUCCACCUACCGUCAUUGCUGAGCCAGUUUCAAAGUAUUUGCUUGGUGGGGAGAUUCAGUCUAGGGAGUUCGUAGCUUCCAGUGACGAUGCACAGGGAAAUGGCCAAGUUGACAACUACACCUUUCCUCAGCAACAGUUCCAGCAAGUUCCCGAGCCCGAACACAUUGCAGAGCAAGAGGAAGUAUCAAAUGGCUCACAUCAGAAUGCACUGAUGGAUGCUGCUACUCAAGACCAUCUUCCUCCUACUAUAGAGGAACCUGCUGAAGAACCACAAAAGCACACUUAUGCCUCGAUUUUGCGGGUUGCUAAGGGGCACCCAGCACCUCCAGCCUCUUCAGAAAGGAAUCACAGCUCUCCAGCCACUGAUCAGAAGGCGACCGUGACAGCGACUGUGACAUCCAAUUCCUUUGAGAAUUAUGGGGCUGACAAUGUUGAUGAGGCUCAGGGUGUGGAAGAUGAAGAUGAAAUCAGAUCUGUAUACGUGAGGAACUUGCCACCUAUGGCCUCUGAGGAGGAGAUUGAGGAGGAAUUCACUAAGUUUGGCAAGAUUGCACCUGAAGGUGUUGUCAUUAGGAGUCGCAAGGAUGUUGGUAUUUGUUAUGCAUUUGUUGAAUUCGAGGACAUGAAUGGCGUUUAUAAUGCAGUGAAGGCGGGCAGUGCAGAGGUAGCAGGACGACAGGUUUACAUUGAAGGACGGAGACCAAACAGUAACAUCCCGCCUCGAUUUGGAAGAGGUAGAGGCAGAGGGCGGGGAAGCUACCAAGCAGAUGCCCCUCGUGGCCGUUUCGGUUCACGGAGUUUUGGCAGGGGAGGCGCCAGCUAUGAUGGAGACUACUACAACAGACCACCAAGAGGAAACGGAUAUUACAGACCAGUUCAGCGCCAAGACAGCGCAGAAUGAACCAUCAUCAGAUUAUACAGCUUAGUCCUUGGAGCUGAGGAUCAGCAGUCAUAGAGAAGAAAUUUUUUUUGAGGCCAAACCUUGAGGAGUAACUUUAAUGCAUCACCUCUGAAUCGAAUAGCGAUAUACUCAUAGUAUCUCUUAUCCAAUUCAUAUCUUCAUUCAGAUUGCAGCACCAGCAGCAGCAUACUUGGUUAGGAAAGUGAGGUCCUAUGAUGUUUACUCCUUUUGUUUGUUCCAAACUGAUCAUCCAGAUCAAAUAGGCAAUCCAAUUCAGAUUUUCUGAACAACUCCUUGGAGAUAGAUGGUCCAUGUUUGUGACCCGUUCAUUGGUUCUUCCAUCUCUUCCCAUUGUUCAGCAAGCAUUUUGUCUGCGGGUAUUGAUGUUCAGGCAUCAUUUGUUGCAGAAGAAACCAGUAAGAAUCGGAGGUGUUCAUUCUUUCGGAAUGUGGAGUGUGUCAAAAUACUCGUGGUAACCAAGCACAUCAGCAACAG